AUGUCGACCAAAAGCGCGCUAAAGGCGAUCCGGACCGCUAUUGAUGCAAAACAGUUUGAAACAGCGGCUGACAAGGCUCGCGAUCUGCUGAAGGAGGAUCCUGAGAAUUACAAUGCGAACCUCUUUCUGGGUCUCGCAAGUGAUAAGCUUCGAAAAGUUCAAGAUUCGGAAACGGCUUACCUAGCUGCAACUCGGAUCAAGCCGAAGGAACGUCCUGCUUGGCAAGGAUUGAUCGGGUUGUACGAGAAGCAGGGCGGUCAGAAACUAGACGAAUACCACGAUGCUGUUCUUAAGCUUGGCCUGAUACUUGCUGAUUGCGAUGAACAAGAACGUUGCCAAGAUUUGGUCAACAAAUACCAUAAGCUCGCCAGCAAGUCUGGGUCAAAAGCUCAGCUCAAGAAAGCUCUAGAGUUGCAGCUUCCUACCUCGGAACUUUACAGCUUCCUUGAAGGGCGUUUACCCCAUCCGUCCCACACCUACCUCCGCUUAAUCGAAAUUGCCGAACCCGAAGAAAAUGAAUACAUUAAUCGUGAGAUCGGAGAGCGCAGGACUCGCCUGGGAGCACGUAUCGAGACAGUCACAAUGGAAGUGAAAAGAGAAGCGUUCAAGAGGAGUUCACUGGCCAAGCUAUACGAAGGCAUGAUCCAGUGGUCCAACGAUGAUGCAGUUCGACGCAAGUACGAGGAGAAGCUUCUCCAGAGGGCAUACGACGAGCUGGAGGUGGUUCCGAUGAAAUCAAAGCGGUCGAAAAGGAACGAAAUUCUCCGAGCAGCUCAGGACAUGGUCAUCAUCAAGCAUCCAUUCGAGCUUGCAUGGAAGAUUGUGCUAGAGUGGAAAGACAUUGAAAGCUACUCCGAAUGGGAUGUAGGCGUGGUGCGAGAAUUCAUCGAGUUCUUUCCUGUCACGGGGCUAUCCAAGGUUCUGAAAGGUUUUCUUGCUAGUGAGCUUUCGCCAUUUCCCCAGGAAGAGAAAUCGGAACAAGAUAAAGAAGGCAACGACAGCGAAACCCCCGAAGAGAGUGAUAUACCUGCUGACAGGUUGAUUCUCAUGGCUGAGGGCCUUGAUUUGGCUCGCGACUCAAUAAUUGCGCAUCGGAUCAUGGCCGACCUCUACCUUUCCAUGGAGGAGCAUGCCAGUACGGUCGAGGUAGCCCGCAAGGGCCUGCUCAAUGUUAUGGAGCUUGGUAGACUCACUACCAUGAAUUUAACUAACACAACCGACUCGUUGAACAUCACGCUCGCCAACUCUUUGAUCCACUACCAGUCUCCUCGGCAUCAUCCAGAGGCAAAAGCGCUUUUUGAACAAGUUCUCGAGAGAAAACCAACAUCCACAAGCUGCCUCCUGGGCAUUGGACUGAUCUCAAAGGUCGACGAGGAUUACCUAGCUGCUGUGGACUUCCUGCAACGUGCAUUGGAGCGUGAUCCGUCGAAUAUAUUGAUUCGUGGAGAGCUGUCCUGGUGCAAGGCACUGACCGGUGAUUUAGAAACGGGUCUUAAUGGCCUCCAGGAUGCGUUAGAACGCCUGGAAGAGGAGAAGUCCCGGAACCAGGACUUUAAAGCCGAACUGCUCUACCGUAUUGGAUACUGCCAAUGGGAGCUGGAUCCAUCACCGGCUGCCAGAAAAGACCGUAACGGGGCCUACGCUAGCUUCCUUGCAUCUAUCAAAGCGAACCUGAACUUUGCGCCAGCAUAUACGAGUCUUGGUUUCUUUUACGCAGACUACAAGCGUGACAAGACUAGAGCGCGUCGAUGCUUCCACAAGGCAUUUGAACUUUCGUCUUCGGAAAUUGAAGCAGGAGAACGCCUUGCUAGAGGGUUCGCUGACCAAAAGGAGUGGGAUCUUGUUGAAGCCGUCGCACAGCGAGUGGUAGAUUCGGGCAAGGCCAAGCCUGCUCCUGGCUCAAAGCGCAAGGGCUAUAGUUGGCCAUAUGCGGCACUUGGCACGGUGCAGAUCAACAAGCAGCAAUACGCGAAGAGCAUCAUCUCCUUCCAGGCAGCUUUGCGAAUCACACCUGGCGACUACCAUUCAUGGGUGGGUCUAGCGGAGAGCUAUCAUCAUUCUGGUAGAUACAUUGCUGCGACCAGGGCCUUCGAACAUGCCAAGGAAAUGGAAGACACUCUGUCAAGUGAAGAACGUGAACAUAUUUGGUUCGCAAGAUACAUGCUGGCUAAUGUCAAACGUGAACUUGGCGAAUAUGACGCUGCGGUUACUAGCUACGAGGAUAUCCUGAGUAUGAGGCCCAAUGAUGUUGGUAACUCGAUUGCGCUGCUUCAGACACUAGCAGAAAGCUCGUGGAAGAGUCUACACUCGGGUCUAUUCAACGAUGCUGCGGAGCUUGCAGCGAAAACCAUUCGCGUGGCUCAACCCCUUGCAGAGAUUCGUAGUGAUAUUUUCAACCUGUGGAAAGCCGUUGGCGAUGCCUGUGCCAACUUCUCUCACAUUAAGAAAAAGAUAGGGAAACUGUCUGCUUCUGCAUGCAAAGCUCUAUUGACCACUCAACUUGAGCCAACGUCGCUGGAUAUCAUGACUGAGCUUGAUGGCGUGGGCCAAGACUGGCUCGAGUCUAGUGAAAAUGCUGUUUCAUCGGAAACAUGUAUUUACAUGGCUAUAAUCGCAUACAAACGCGCUAUCCACGUUUCUAGCAAUGAUAAACAUGCGCAAGCAGUUGGAUGGUAUAAUCUUGGCUGGGCUGAAUUCCGCGCAUACCGAAGUGUGCCGCCGUCGCCUGGAAGCAAUGGAAAGCGGCCUCGAAAGUUCCUCAAAGCGGCAAUGCGGUGCUUCAAAAGAGCGAUUGAACUCGAGGCUGGCAAUUCCGAGUUCUGGAAUUCACUCGGUGUGGUUACGACAAGCCUGAGUCCCAAGGUUGCCCAGCAUGCGUUCGUCCGGAGCUUACAUUUGAACGAGCGGAGCGCGCAGGUGUGGACUAAUCUUGGUGCGCUCUACCUGCUGCACAAUGACAUUCAACUUGCAAGCGAGGCUUUCACUCGUGCCCAGUCUGUUGAUCCGGACUACUCCCUGGCGUGGGUUGGCCAGGGAUUCCUUGCACUUCUAUAUGGAGAUUCUAAGGAGGCACGGGGUCUCUUUGCACAUGCAUUUGACAUCUCCGAUUCAGCUGCUAUGCUUCCCAAGCGCCAAUACUCAUUGACUCUGUUCGACCAUCUCCUUGCUGACACUUCUGCUUCUAACGAAGUCUCGCAACUGAUCCAGCCGUACUUUGCUCUUCACCAAUUGUGCAUCCAGGAUCCUUCGGAUCUACCGUUUAUGCAUAUUUCUGCUUUACUGGCGGAGCGAAUGGGCGAAAUUGCGGAUGCAGAGUCUAGCCUGGAAGUUGUGUGCUCGAGUAUGGAAGCCGAGUACGAUGAGUCUGAGUCUUCAUCUGCGCUCUCAAAGUUUGCUCAGGCUAAUGCAGAUUUUGCGCGUGUGCUCCUUGCACGCCAUGCCUAUGACCAAGCGGUGGAAAAGGCUGAGACUGCGCUCUCACUGUCAGGUGACGAAUAUGGCAAUGAUUUCGAGCCCGAAGCUCGCACCAGGCUUCGUCUGUCAGCCCACUUGACAGCUGGUUUGGCUUACUACUUUACAAAAUCAAUGGACAGUGCUAUCGACAUGUUCCGUGAUGCUUUGCAGGAAGCUGAAAAUUCCCCCGAUGUGGUCUGUGUCCUUGCGCAAGUCCUUUGGGCCAAGGGUGGUCAGGAGGAAAGAUCAGUCGCUCGUCAGCAGCUUUUCGAUUGUGUUGAGAGCCACCCGGACCACAUUGGCGCCAUCGCUCUCCUUGGUGCGAUUGCGCUGGUAGACGAGGACAGGGAUGUGAUCGAUGCAGUGGAGUCUGAUCUCCACAGUAUGGUUACUCGGGACGACAUCGAUAUUCACGACCGAGGCAAGCUCCUCAAACUUUUGGCUGCGAUUUCUGCCAAGGGGUUGAACGAGGAUGCUGUGCUCCCCGAAGACCUGCGACAGAUCAAAGAAGCCACUGCAGCCAUUAUGCUGUCUCCUGGCCAACCACAAGGCUGGUUGGAGCUUUCUACUGCGUCAACAUCUCCGUACCCAGCCGAAAUGGCUGUCAACCGAGCCCUCCGCGCCGUGCCUCCUUACGGUAAACUUGACGCCACCGAUCUCAGCCAGAGCUAUGCCCAGACUGGCAAGGCCAGUGAUGCUUUCAGAUCCAUCAUGAUCGCGCCAUGGAGACGCGAUGGUUGGGAAGGUUUGGAUCAUGCUUUGACCUGUUCGGCGUGA